CCUUCUCGCCAUCGGGGCAGCUGCAUCAGCUUUGUUCACCAGCCGUAAUAAAGAGGACACGCGCCUGCUUACUUGAGUAGUGCGUGCUUCUUUUUCUUCUGCUGUUCUUUACAGCCACGGCUUUUUACUAGCCACGAAUCGUGUUAUUUUUGCUUCUAUUUCUUGUCUCUGAUUUAGAUUUUGUCGUGUUUCGAAAGUAUGACCGUAAGAGCAGACUUCUAUCCAGCAACGGCGUCUACUACAACGUCAAGUGCAAGAACGCAGAAACCUUCGACAUCAGCACUAACCGGGAUUUCUACCUCCAUGGAGGAAAUCGCCGGUGAACAACAACAAGGUCUUCCCGGGAAUGUCCAAGCGGAACUACAACAGCAACCGCGACGGUUGUCUACCAACUCGACCUCCUCUGCUUCAACCAAGAAGCCUACGACGCGUUCGUGGAUCCCCCUUUCCUUCCGCGACGUGGCAGAGGACCGGGUUCUCAACGUCCUCACGUACAACAUUCUGUCCGACGAGAAGGCGGUAUGGAAGCGUCAGGUUUGAAAUCGACAAAGUUGAGAUGAUUUGUCAUGCAUAAAAUGCAAGGCAUGAAGUGCCUGUCUUGCCGGGAUGGCAAGUGAGGCAGAUUGUGAGCCUAUUUAGGGUUUGGGAUAGAGCUGCUAAAGGAGCAUGACAAAAGCAGUCUUCUGUGCCCAAGCAGCAUGACAAAGUGGGGUCCGGUGGUCCGAAAAUUUGUCAUGCGCCGCUUGGAAAUUGGGCUUCCAACUGGUAUCGAUUUUAUACAUUACAAGUUAUUUCAAUCCUGACACCCCCAUAAGCGGCGAAAGAAGAGUGGGCCACAAAUGUUCCGCCCUUCCAGCACAGGAAGGGGAUUAUUGUCGAAACCAUCGCGGCGAACGACUUGAUCGCGUUGCAGGAGGUGGGACCUGCUGUGUUUUCCGAGCUGAAAAAACAAUUGGACGAAAGUUACGACGGGGUUUUCUUCCAGCCCUCGAUUCCGCCCUGCGGCGUCGCGGUGUUCGCACGGAAAUCGCGUUUGAAAAUCGCCCGGUACGACGGGUUCCAAAUCGAGGACAGCAUGUGCUUACAAUGCGAAAUCCGGAUGCUGGUAAACGGGAAGGUGAAGAUGUCGAAGAAAAAUCUGAACAACAAAUUCGCCUGCGAAACUGUGCAUUUUUUCGCGAUCCAUUUCUGUGGCGGAAAGCAACCGGGGGAUGAGGAACGAAGGGCGAGGCACUUGAAAUUGCUGCACGAAAACGCGAUAGAGGGACUAAUAACCGACCCGGCAGAAGGUGGUGGCGAAGGCAACAAUAACUCGUUCUCGCCGAAGAACAUUAUCGUCGCCUGCGACAGCAACAGCGAGCGGACCUUCGCGCCAGUGGAGGAACUCGAGCCGGUUUGGUACGGAGAAGUGAAAUAUGCAUCGCAAUAAAAGUAUGGUACUAGUAGAAAUAGCAUAUACAAAUUUUUCCAGAAGGAAGAACGGAAUUUGUAAUGCUGAAUGAGCUAAGGCACCAGAUUUGCCAUGCAUGACUGCAAUUACUUAUUACUACGAGUGCGAUACUUUUGCACUGCAUAUUAAGAGGUUGUGGCUCGAGCCGGGGCUGUUUCAGGACGCGGUGUUGGAUGCGAAUUUGUUGUACACGACGAAAAAGAUGCGAACCGAGGGAAAAAUCACGCAGCGAGCGGUGGACUACAUCUUUGUCAGCUGCAAUAAAGCGGAUAAUUUGACGGUCCACGGCGUGCUGGACGUGCCGAGGUAUGUUGCAAGUAGUACGAAGAGGUCAACAAUCGCGGAAAACUUGAUGCCAAAUGAAGAGUAUGUGUCAGACCAUCUACCAGUAGUCUGCAAACUUUCUGUCGGCACAGGGGGGACUUCUGGUCGUGCGUCAGCGGAGUUUCACUUGAGAAAACACAGGGGAUUUUUGACGUGUAUCUUCGGCGUGAAAGAUGAGGACUGACGGUAGUGGGACAACUAUCAGCUAGGAAAAGGAACAACUAUCCCCUGCUGAUCUCGGACGAUAAUUUUGCAGUGCUGCAUCCUAUGACUUGAUUGUGUUUGUCUUUGUUCACAUAGAUUACCCGUCCAACGCAUCCCGAGCGCAAACUUUACAACUAUUUGGG